GUCUCAUGGAUGCGUAAGCGGGAUCUACAUAUACUGACAUCUGGCACCCACACCUACACCGGGGACCAACGGUUUUCUGUGCACCACCCUCCGGAUUCGGACGAUUGGGAUCUGAAGAUUGCGUACGCCCAGCCACGGGACAGCGGUAUCUACGAGUGCCAGGUCAACACAGAACCCAAAAUCAACUUGGCCGUCUUCUUGCACGUCACAGCUGCCCGCGCCAUGAUCAUCGGCUCACAGGAAGCACACAUCCGUAAAGGCAGCACCAUCUCGCUGUCCUGUGUGGUCAACUUUCACGCCCCGUCAAUCACAUGGUACCACGGCACAUCGAUUGUCAACUUCGAUUCGGCGCGGGGCGGCAUCAGUUUGGAAACGGAGAAAACCGACGCCGGCACCAGCAGUCGGCUGCUGCUGACCAAGGCCACCGUCAGCGACUCCGGCAAUUACACGUGCAUCCCAGCGGGGGCCAUCCCAGCCAGUGUCCAGGUGUACGUGUUGAACGGUGAGCAUCCCGCUGCGAUGCAAACAAGUGGCCAGAUGGCACUGCGGUUGGGAUCUGCCGGUUUGCUUCCGCUCGUGGUUGGCCUCGCUGGUGCAACGAUAGCCGCGCUCGCCCCAUGGAUGCUGGCAAUUAAUGGGCAAACUUUGACGACGACGACAGCCGCCGCAGCAACGAUGGCAACGAUGACGAUGAUGGUUAGUGAAAUGCACCUCGGUAGUAGGUGAUCCUGUACAUAAUCAAAAGUGACGCGUGAGAAGUUCGUAGAAGAUUGUAAAUUUUA